GAGUUACUCCCGUGGAGCCCAGGGAAUACUUCUAGUUUACGAUAUCACCAACAGAUGGAGUUUUAAUGGAAUGGAUAGAUGGGUCAGAGAGGUAGAGGAACAUGCACCAGGAAUACCUAAGGUAUUAGUUGGGAAUAGGAAACAUUUAGAGUUCAAACGACAGUUUAAUAUCACAGAGAGCUUUCAGGAGCUGUGCAGGAUGGCUCUCAAACGGAACGGAAUGGAACGGCUGUGGCGGUCAAACCGCGUCCUAACACUUCAAGAGCUCUGCUGCCACGCAAUCGUCGGCCGGACUAACGGAUACGGCAUUGACAAACUUCCACUUCCUGAUGCGAUCAAAGCGAACCUGAAGAGCUAUGCAAUGACGUCUUAUCCUGUGAAACACGGAAGAAAAUCUAUGAAAGAGCGGAAAAAGCGUACAAGACCGCCAGAUGCGUCUGGUGCAAACUGCGUCAGUUUUUCCAGAAAGUCAUGCGUCAUAUCAUAAAAAAUAUGUUUUUUGAAGCAACUAAGUGUUUUAAAGGACGAGUAAGAGACAUGAUUUAUUCAAACUAUUUUAUCUUAAACAUAAACUAAAUAAAUGCAAAUUUCCAGGAAAAAUGUGUUCUCAACUAAUUUUUGGCAGAAAACUGUGCUUUUUACUUGUCCAUACGGAAUAUGAUAUGCUGGUUUGAUAUAUGUAAAAUGUUUUGUCGUAUCUUCUUGUAUUCAUAAUUUUGUACUUAUGUAUAAAUCAUAUGAGAAUGUAUGCAGUUCAUUAUUUGAAAGAGAAGCGAAGGUUAAUAAAAAAUAGAGGUCAUUAUAAAUGUCGUCUUUGUAGUCACUUUUCAAAGUACGAUGCAGGUAGAAAAGAGAAAUCCACUGAACCAAUCACGGAUCGUUAUCUAUUUUGAACUUGCCAAUCAGAGCGCUUUUAAUUCUGUUGCAACCAAUGAUAAAUCGGGAUUUUCUCAAUUCAUUGAAAGUGUUUGAAACUGGCCUAGACUGCUUUCAGACUCAGAGGGUAGUGAAGUGAUGGCUGCUUCGGGAUCGAAGCGAUGGUAUUUUUCGGAGGAGAAAAUCAUGAAUUCUCCGUCCCGGAGGCACAAUAUCUCCGCGGACAAGGAGGAAAGCUACAGACAACAGGCCGCCAACUUUAUCCAGGAUAUGGGACAACGGCUUCAAGUGACUCAGCUAUGCAUCAAUACUGCUAUUGUUUACAUGCAAAGGUUUUAUAUGUUCCAUUCAUUCUCAAGAUUUCAUAGAAACUCUAUUGCCGGGGCAUCUCUUUUCCUAGCUGCAAAGGUUGAAGAGCAGCCUCGUAAACUUGAACAUGUGAUAAAAGUUUCCCAUAUUUGUAUAUUCCGAGAUCAUACAUCCUUGGACUCAAAAUCAGAACAUUACUUAGAACAGGCGCAGGAACUGGUUAGCAAUGAGAAUAUUCUGCUUCAAACCCUUGGUUUUGAUGUAGCCAUUGAUCAUCCGCACACUCAUGUUGUGCGUUGCUGUCAGUUAGUCAAAGCGUCGAAGGAGCUUGCCCAAACUUCGUACUUCAUGGCAACGAACUCCUUACACCUGACGACGAUGUGUCUGCGCUACCCUCCAACCAUAGUUGCCUGUGUGUGUAUCCAUCUCGCAUGUAUCUGGUCUAAAUAUCAGAUACCAGUAUCAGGAGAGGGUAAAACUUGGUUCUCGUAUGUUGACCCUGACGUGACCCAAGAACAGCUAAAGAAGCUGACCGCUGAGUUCCUCGCUAUAUUUGAGAAAUGUCCGUCCAAACUCAAGAAGAAGAUUCUCCAAAGUCACAACGAGACAAGAGAGGAGGAGGAGAGAAGAGCACGUGAGAACACUCAGUCCAACCAAUACAGGACAGAUUUCGACCAGACUGCGCUUAAACCUGUUCAACAGCAACCACCUCAGCAUAGAAAAGGAGAAAUAAAGCAAACAAGUGGACAUUCCAACAGCAUGCUUCAUCCCGGCAUGCAUCCUAGCAUUCAACAGCAUUCUAGCAUACCACAACAACAUUCUAGUUUACCACAUCAACAACAACAACAUCAUCCUAGCCUUCAUCAACCGUCCAACAGAUUACCUUCAGGACAUCCACAGCAGCAACAACAACAACAACAACAGCAGCAACAGCAACAACAACAGCAGCAGCAGCAGCAGAGACCACAGGAUAGAUCAAGGCAGUCAGGAUCAUCCGCACAACCUACCAAGGUUCCUCCAGGUUUUCCUCCUCAACCUAACAACAAACAAUCUAGUUCUAGUUCAAGUUCAAGCUCAAGCUCAACCCGUUCUCAUCCCCGGACCCAGUCUCAACCCUUCAACAAUGACACCAGACAUCAUCAGGUUCAUGGGGAUACCAGACACCUACUCAAGGACGGGAAGCAGCGGGACGGAAAGGAGCUCAGGGAUAACGAGCUCCGGGAGCAGCAGGCACAGAGAGAACUGAUGCAGAGAACCAAUAUGAUGCCUAAUAUGCCGCCAGGAUUUAAUUCAGGGUUGAAUAUACCCUUCUCCUCCUCUCAAUCUUUCCCAGGAUCCCUGGGCAUGGCUCCACCCCCCUAUCCGGGCCACAAAUCUCAAACCAAGAGUACCUUAGUUAAACCAAGCACAGAGAAAUCUAUUUUUGAUCUUUCUCCGGAGAAACCGUCCCGCUCAUCCUUCUCAGACUCUAGCAUGACCUCACUGCCCGGCCCUCCUAUUCUACCCUGUCCUCCUCGUUACCCGGAUAUGGUUCCUCCCCUUCCUCCUAGUAAACAAGAUCCACCCCCGCCUGCAUACUCUAAGCCCUCACAUAACGUGUUCCCGCAGAUGAUGGAGCAGGAGUUGACAAGGAACCAGGAGAUGAACCGAACCCUAGGAUUGGAUCAAGAUCUAAUAGAUGUUUCUCGAGGUUUCGGAGUAAUUAAACCCAGUCAUAGUUUCAACAUCUCAGGACUUAGCUCCGGAGACCAAGCUAUUGACAGUAUUCUAGGAUUUAAUGACAUGAAACAUGAGUCGGAACUCACAAAGUCUUUAUUUGACCCUGAAGUGAGUGACUUCACUGACUUGUUUCCAGAUACGUCAACAUUAAGUCUCCUAGAUCCUCGUUACAAUACAAGCUCCCAGCGUAAACCUGAGCUCCCUUUCCCCUCCUCUAACCUCGUGUCCAAGACCUCCUCUCCAAUGAAGAAGAAGGAGAAGGAGGAGCAGAUGGAGGAAACCAAGAUUAAGAGCGAAGACUCGAGAUCAAAGCAUUUAAGGCUGUUCGCCUCCCCUUCCCCAGAGAAAAAGGUUAAAUCUGAGCCUAAAAUAGAGCUUAAAUCUCCAAUUAAACACGUGUCUCCAGCCCUUUCUGCAGCAAGGAAUAGAACAACCAGUAGCAGUAGCACAGGAGAAGCUGUGGUGAACGUGCAGAAGCUUGAAUCAAUGGCUCCUGAGUUCCAGACCUUGACAGAUUCUCUGAAAAAGACGAGUACUCCUGCCUCUAUACUUGUAGAUAAGAACGGUCAGCCCAGUCCACCCAAACCCAGCAGACAUGACGGGGAGCGACCCAGCCCGUCCAAAUAUCCCCGUCUUGAGGCGGAGCGACCUAGUCCGCCGAAACCUGCGCGUGUUGAGGCGGAGAAGCCGAGUCCUCCUAAACCUGAAAGGUCUAGUCCUGUUAAGCCUGGUAGGACGGAGUCCGGUAAAUCAGAAGAUAAAUCUAAACGGAGCUCAAGCAGUCACAGUCAUCAUAGAUCUUCAUCUUCCCACAGACCUGAGAAGGUUGAGAAGGUUCUGGAGAAGGUUGUAGAGAAGGUGGAGAAAAGAGAACUGAAAGUUGAAGGAAUUGUGGAGAAGAGAUCUGAAGAAUCAGUUCAGAUUAUUGACACCAAACUUAAACAAGAGUCUGAGGACCGACACAAGAAGAGUAAAGAUCAUAAACACAAGAAGGAGAAGAAGGAGAAAAAAGACAAAAAGGAAAAGAAAGAGAAGAAAGAAAAGAAAGAGAAACAUGACGGAAAAGAGAGAGAUGAGAAGAAACAUAGAGAUAAGGAGGGCAGGGACGAACACAGGCGGAAGGAUAAGAAGCAUAAGAAGGACAAGGACCGUGAAAAGGACAAAGAAGGACAAACUAAGGUCCCUAAACUAGUGUUGAAAGGACACACCCCCUCGGGUUCACCAACUAGAGAGAAUCCAAUCAAACUCAAGAUAAAACUCGGCGGAACACCGGCAGUAGAGUCUAAUGAUCGCGGGAAGAAGCGUGAGCGAAGUGAAAGUAGCGCCAAGCUUGAAAUCCCUGCCGCGAAGAUGGCGCGAGCGCUUGGAACCGGAAAUCUCCAGGCCGAGCAAUCUUUUCUUCAGAAUAAACUCGGGCGCAAGAAAAUUACUAAAUAGCUGAUAACUACGAUAAAGUUUUUUUUUUGGUUGAUUGAGGUUUUCUUUUCAGCACUCGUUUAACUCGCAAUAUUCUUAAGUUUUGGUUUCUCGCCUGUACCGAUGUAUGAAUAUUUUAAACAAAAAGUAAAAAUUUUAUUAAUUUAAUUAAAUGAAUUGGUCCCUUUGGUUGUCAUUUUACAAAUAUUUUUGAGAGUAAAAUUAUAUCUAAAAUCUGGUUUUUCAUGUACCUGUUAACUUGUUAACUUUAAGGCAAGCCUCCCAUAUGUUAAAAAGCAUUUAAGGGAAUAUCUAAAAUCUUUCCUGAGCCACCUAGUUGGGACCAAAAUUUCGAUUUUUAAACAACAAAUUGAUAGUUGUCAAUGUUUAUUUUGUCCUGCCGGGCUCAGAUUUGGUGAGAGUAGACGGCGCUUCAUCCUUUUAUAAUAUUGUGUACUGUGUUCUCCAACUAUCUAUCUAUCUAUAUAUAUUUAGUCAAUUUGUUCAAUAUUUCAAUUAAAUACAUUCAGAAUUAUU